AUGGCUUCGGCUGCUUCGCCGCAUCAACGCGAUCAAUACUCCGACCCAAAUCCUACUUCCAUCCCCGGUGGCUGCAACCUUGCUCAUGCUGGAUCUUGCCCUGACACUACCCUUGCGUCUCUGCCUUCAUCGACCGCUAUUCCUGGUGGAUGUAGUCCCGCCCAUCCUGGAUCCUGCCCGGCCCCCACCAAGCCAGCAGUCGUCGCCGCUGUCGGCCUCGUGGCUGCUGUUCUUUAA